AUGACGGUUGGAAAUGCAGUAAUAGAAGCUGCAUGUGCAUCAUUAGUUCGCGAAUAUUUGAACAAAAAGGGUUUCAAAGGCACACUUGAGAAAAUGGAUGAAGAAUGUCCACGUAAUGAACUGAGUAUCAGCAACAGACAGGCUUUGAUAAAACAUGUCAAUCUUCAGAAACUCAUGACAAGAAAUAAGGAAGAAAAACAACCUUUGGAAGCAAUGUUAGAAAUAAUGACAAAGCAUUUCAUGGAGAAUGUGCCUUAUUGUUCAGUUCAGCACUUGAAGGAAUCCGAAUCAAGUCCAGGGCCUGUGAAUGGGUUUAAACCAGACAUCAGCUUUGGUCUCAAGGCGAAUGAACUUGUUCACCCUCAUCCCGUAAAGAACAUGAGGCAAGAUGCCACAACCUUAGCAACAAAACGAGAAAGAGGCCAGACCUACCAUGAUCUAGUAAUGGAUGAGGAUGUGGAAGGAGAGACUGUAAUUGGAAAUGGUAAAGACAGUAUCAUGUCAAUGGAAAGUGCACAGUCACCUCUUCACUAUGCAACAAAAACACCAUCUUCUCGUCCGGUCUCAGCUAAACAUGGAGGAGGCACUAUCUUCAGUAAUGAUUCUGUUAUCGCACAGAAAGGUAGAAGUCAUAAAGUCAAAUCAUCAAGAGCACCAGCACACCAACAAGAUCAGCAGAUUAAGGACAUUGGUUUACCAGCAGACAGCAUUUAUAACUCUUCAGUAUCUCAAAAUUGCAACAGAGUAGCAAACAGUGACACAAUCCAUAAUUCAAAGUUUUCAAUGGAAAUACUAGGAGCAAAUAACUCUUAUGUUAAUAAGCCCAACAAAGUGGUGAAAAAACCUUCAGGUAGUUCUCCAGUGUCUUUUGAAGCAUUAUUAAUAAAAGGAGAAGAAAAGGCAAAUUUACUGCACAGAAAAGUGCUAGAUCCUAAAAAUGAUAUUAAAAGUGAACAGUACAAAGCUGAGACCUCAAGUAUGAUGAAUGAAAGGAAGCUGAGACAAUGCAAACAUGAUCGAGAAUUUGAUUUACAGAACUCGGUACCCAUGUUGGAUCUAGACUUUGGAGAAGUUGAAGAUGUGGAUAUUGGAGGUUUAGAGCUAAAGUCAGUUAGCCCUGUGCUCCAGAAAUCAUUGAAGCCUCCUACAGCCCAGUCAACACCAGUAGAUCUGAAAACUGCAAUUAUGUUGAAGAAUAUUGUAUUAGGAUCUCCUAAUCAACAAUAUAGUGAUGAAUGGCGACUGCAGAGUUACAGUUUUUGUGAUAUACCCAACAUUAAAUAUGGACUUGUACAAAAAAAAAGCGGACCUUGUGGUGUUCUUGCAGCUGUCCAAGCCUGCCUCCUGCAGGAAAUGCUGUUUGGUGUUAAUAAACUUCAUGAGGCUAGAUUCAAAAAUGUAUCAAGAGGUGACAGAUCAAAGGCACUAGCAUUAGCUCUAAGUAAUAUUUUCUGGAGAGCUGGAGAUUAUUCACGGGCUGUUGUCACUGUAUUAUCGCAGUCAACUCAUAUACUAAACAGUACCAAAUUUAAGCAAGAUUAUGUUACAGAAAGGCUGAACAUCUACACAUUUACAAAUUUUAGUGAGCUCUCAAGCUUUCUGUUACAGUCCGUAUCACAGUUUGAGACUGAUGGUAGCCCAGGUGUUAUACUGACACUAUACUCAGCCAUUCUGUCAAGGAAACCUCAUCUAGUGCGUGGAGAUUUUGAUGUUUCUGAGCAGACAACUUUUAUUGGAUUCCAUGGAUAUUGUACACAGGAGCUAGUGAAUCUGUUGCUGACUGGUCGGGCAGUAUCCAAUGUCUUCAAUGAUAUAGUACAGUUGGACUCAGGGGGAAGUAGCCAAGCUGUGAUCCUAAAAGGAAUCUGCAGUCGGUCAGAAAUUGGAUUUCUGUCUCUCUUUGAACACUACAAAACUUGCCAGGCUGGAUCCUACUACAAGACUCCCAAGAACCCCAUAUGGGUUGUAUGUAGUGAAAGUCAUUUCACUGUGCUGUUCUCAACAUGUAAGGACCUAAUUAAUGACUGGAAGAUGGAGCGGAGAUUUGACUUAUUUUACUAUGAUGGUCUGGCCAAGCAGCAAGAGGAAAUCAAACUGACAGUCUCAACAAUUAACCAGUCAUACAAGCCAGCAUCUGAUGAAGAUCUUGUUCCACCAUUAGAACACUGCAUUCGAACAAAAUGGGCAGAUGCUGAGAUAGACUGGAAUGGGCUGGAGCCAAUUCUGUAG